AUGACUGCAGAGGGACCCGGCUCGCGUGUCCCCGCGCACAGCCGCCUGUCUGCCCUCUGGGCGGCAUCGCUGCUCCUGCUGGGUGUGCCGCGCCUUUCUGUGCGGGCGGAUGGGAAGCUCUUUGUGCUAGAGUCUCAGAAUGGUUCUCAGGGCCUGGACCUGGAGACAGCUCGGCUUUCCUGUAAGACCAGGGGUGCUCACCUGGUGUCUGCGGAAGAGCUGCGGAGAGUGGUCCAGGAUUGCACCUUGGCGGUGUGCACCACAGGUUGGCUGGCAGAUGGCACCCUUGGGACAACUGUGUGUAGCAAAGGGAGUGGUGAACAGCAAAUCAUGAAAGCUAUCGAUGUGAGAAUUGAGAGCAACCCAGUUCCUGGUGGCAUGUACAAUGCCCUUUGUAUUAAGAAUGAAGAGAAGCCCUGUGGAGACCCGCCUUCAUUCCCACACACCAUCCUGCAGGGCCGCACGGGCUUGGAGAUGGGGGAUGAGCUGCUGUAUGUGUGUGCCCCAGGGCCUGUUCCAGGCCAGCGAGAAAUGGCCUUCACCUUGCUGUGCAACAGCUGCGGGGAGUGGUACGGCCUGGUGCAGGCCUGCGGGAAAGAGGAAGCUGAGGCACUUAUCGACUAUGAAGAUAAUUUCCCUGAUGACAGAUCCGUGUCAUUCAAAGAGCUCAUGGAAGAUUCCCGGACAGAGGCAGAAGAGGACAGAGGUCAGGAAGAAGCCUCUGAGGAGGCCCCAAAGCAAGACCGUCUGGUCUCCAUUUCUGUGGGGAAGGAACAUGAAGCCUGGGAUAAAGCAUUUGGGCCAACCACAGGCUUGUCUGGCCCUGAGAGCAGUGUCCCCACAGACUGGCCAAAAUCCCAACUAAACCAGAAGUACUCGCUCUGGUUUCCUGCUGAGACUUUCCACAAGCCUGAGUUGGAAAAGGACGUGGAUGAUGACACCAAAAAGCAGUUUCCUGCUGGAGACAGUCACAGUGGAGCGAAACUGGUCCCAGGUGAACCCGAAACCAAGGUGAUCUAUGGUAGCACUGAGGGCCCCUUGGGGCCUUUUGUGGACAGAAAUGACAGCAGGGCAGGAGACCCGGUGGUAAGCAGCAGUGAUGAGUCCUGGUUAGAUGGGUACCCUGUGACGGACAAGGCUUGGAGGAAAGAGGAGGUAGAAGGGGAGGAUGAGGGGGACAAGGGGGAUGGGUCAGUAGGACAGGAUGAAAGUGUUCUCGUGACUCCUGAUCAGCCCAUCCUCGUGGAAGUCAAGAAGGCCAGGAGCACCGCUCUCACACCAAGUGAGGACAUGAGCCACAGUUCAGUUCCUCCAUCUCAAAUGCUAGAUGUGGAGGCAUUGGCUCUCAGGCCCAUGAACGUGUCUGAGACAGAGGGUCCCCCCAUUAGGGAUGAUGACUCCACCAAGUACCAGCCAACUGUACCUUGGAGACUCACCACAGGCGAGUCUCCCACGGCCACCCCACCCCACGAACUCAGCCACUCGACCCUGGAGACAAUGACAACAACUGCUAUCCACCAGAUGCCUACCCACAUCCCCUCAACUAGCACCGAGGCCACCAUGCUGCCAGUGGAAACCACUGCUCCUGAGGUCCAGGACAGCUUCCCCUACCUGCUGUCUGAGGACUUCCUAGGACAGGAAGGCCCUGGGCCAGGUGCAAGUGAGGCAGAGCUUCUUCCAACUCUGGAGCCCUGUGUGGGAGACGAGUGUCCCAGCCUCAGCAGAGGCCCCGUGAUCGCCACCAUUGUCACAGUCCUGUGCCUGCUGCUGCUCCUGGCAAGUGUGGGGGCCGUGUGGGGUUACCACAGGUGCCAGCACAAGAGCUCCGUGUACAAGCUGAAUGUCGGCCAGCGGCAGGCGAGGCACUACCACCAGCAGAUUGAGAUGGAGAAAGUCUAA